AUGUUACAAAAAUUAUCGAAACAGAAAUCUGCACCAAAAUUAUGGACAAAAGUGCGUGAGAAAAAAGUACCAAGUUUAACUAAGGAACGUAAAGGUAAAGGAUUUCAUUGGCUCGAUAUGAUAUUAGAUAUGGAAAAAAAUGCCAUUGAAGAGGCUAUGGGCAAUCGCAUUAAAGUUUAUGAUUUAUCAAAAACACUACCAGAAAAAUUACAUAAACGUGUCGCUAGAGUAGUCCCAGUUAUACCACGUGAAAAAGAUCUCUUCGAAAGAGAUUUAAAAGAUGAAAUUGUCGAAAAAGUUGAGAAACCGAAAGCUCCAAAAUUUACUGACAUAGUUAAAAAGAAGGCAUUUCAUGAUUUACCAAAACCACCAGGUCUUGAGGACAUUAUAACAAAAAUGCGGCUAAUUCGUAUUGAGCCAACUUUUGAUGAAAAAAGAUAUGGUAGGAGAAAAAUCAAAAAUUGGCAAAGCGGUUAUCUUGGAAAAACCCAAAGAGAAAGAGUAAUUUGGAAUACAAAGUUGUAUGACUUGGAAACUAACAUAAUGGAAAAGUCCCUGUAUGAUCAAGCAGAGCAUUUAAUGGAUGAAACAGCAGAGAAUUUUUGCUUAUGGCUAAACACAUUGGGUAGAGACCGGGAAAACGAUAUUACUAAGGAAUAUCUUAGAUCUUUAUUUUCAAUUGAGGAGAAUGAAAAACUUUUAAAAUCAAUUCAACAAGAUCCAAAGAAACCAAAAACAAUUAAAGAUGCUCUUCAAGGUGCCAAAUUGUUGAAAAUUUCCGAAGUAGUUAAAAUGCAAACUUCAGCAAAAGGAUGGAAAAAAAAAUCUGCACCACCUCAAGAUAUAAAAGUAGCAUUUGGUAGAACAUUACCAGCAUAUUUAAGACAUUUUAAACAAGAAGAUAUCGAAGAUUUAGUAAUUGAACAAGCAUUUCCAUUAGAACUUCGAACAAGGCAAGUAUUAUUUGAAGGAAUCGGGAAUUUAAGAUCAACUCAAGCUCUAAUUAAAUAUUAUUUAAAAAAUCCUCAUUUAAAACGUCCACAAUAUCUGGUUGAUAAUGGAUUCUUCGAGAAAGCUGAAAAAGAAGCCUUAAUUGAAGAAAAAGAUAUGGCACUCUAUAAAUUAUUGGAUGAAAAGAAACCAGCAAUAAGAAUAAGAAAAUAA